GUGCCAUCUAAAUGAGGUAAAGUGUUGCCAGGAUACCUUAUAAGCAGAGACCUGGAAAAUGGAGUCAGAGAAGAAUAAAAAUAGUGAAGACAGUGAAGGGCCAAGUGUCGAUUCAAGUAAUCAAGUGGAGAGAAUCGAGGCAAGAAGAAAGAGGAUUCAAAAACGUAUUGAGGCAGCAAAGCGAGAGGCCCUCGGCGAGAAAGUUGCUGAGAAAAUAGCAAAUUACUUUGAAGAAGAGCUGCGAAAAAGCAGAAGGCAAAUUGAAGAUAGUUACCAGAGACUUCUAAAACUGAAAAAUGAUGGUUCAGAGCUUGUGAGUAAUGUCCAGGUGGCCUGCCAUGCAAGGGAAGAUAUUCGCAGAACUGAAGAAGAUGAAGUCAAAAGACAGAGGAUUGAAAAACUUGAGACAGAAGCAAAGUCUGCUGUUGACAAAUUUGAAGAGAUAACAAAGAAAUGGGAUCUAGCUUCAUCUAAGGAAACUCCACAGGAUCUACAUGAGAUGUUGGUUGAGCAAAGAACAGGAUGUGAUGCAAUGAUUGAUGAGAAGAACAAGCUGAUAAAUGAGCUGCAACAGGAUCUAAAAGCUAAGGACGAUCAAUAUGUAAAGGAUCUACGUAAGCAGGCAGAGGAUAUUGACCUGAUGAUCGAAAGAAUGGAAGAACAAGUGAAAACUUUGCUCCAAGCUUAUCAUGAAGAGCUCACACAAAUCGAGAAAUCCUUUGAUACGGAGAGGCGAGAAUUAAUUGAAAAUCAUAAAAAGAGAUGGAGUGGCUUGAUGAAUAAUAGGCACGAUAAAGAGGUGAACUACAUGGAUUCAAGGCAGCGACGCGUGGAUGAUUUCGAGAAUCAGCUGCAAAAUUUACGUGUUCAAGAUGCCGAAGAGUACAACAUGGUCAAAAUCAAGUUGGAAACGGAUGUUCAGAUACUGGAACAAAACCUGCAGCAAAUGAAAGCCACGUAUCAACUGAAUCAGGAGAAACUUGAGUACAACUUUCAGGUUCUAAAGAAGAGAGAUGAAGAAAAUACCAUCACAAAAUCGCAACAAAAACGAAAAAUAACUCGAUUACAGGAUCUGUUGAAUAAUUUAAAACAAAAGUCAAAGAAACAAGAAAAGCAGUACAGUGACGAAAACCACGCACUUACUGAAGAUUUGAAGAGAAUCACAGAACAGUACAAGGAGCUGCAAAAGAAAUUCAGGCAUUUUCAAGCAACAGAUGAAAAAAAGUUUCGUGAUAUUUGGCUGAUGAAUGAGGAGCGAGCCAAGACAUUGGUAGGAAAUGUUUUAGAACAGGACCGAAUCGUCCACGAACACCAACUCGGUUUGCAAUACGAUGAAAACGAUUUGGAUUUUUUAAAAAAUGUUGGUCCUCUACAACCAACUGGUGAGAUUAAGAAAAGGAGUGCCGCUGAACUAGUGGAAGAGAUUUUGUCCGGAGAUUCAACUAGCACCAGGACAUCAGCGUCGCAAAAAUCAGCUGCCGAAAUGUCGAUGACAACUGGAACAAGAUCUGCAGAUAAAACAAGUGAUUCUCUAAAGGAAGUGGAAGUUGUCGAAGAAGAACUUUCAAACCGGAAAAUCAAAGAGAUGCUAGAGCUUUUGUGUGACGAAGCUGGUUUUUUGGUUGAAGGAAAACUGCUAAAGCUUCUCUCACCAUUGGAGCAAGACGAGCAAUCUUUGAUGAAGCUUGAUGCAAUUUUCAGUGCACUUGGGAUCGAAACAGAGGAUGACAUCCGCCUCCUAACAAAUUACUUCUACAAAUUGGUUGAUUUGACAGAAUCAUCUACAUACCAGUUUGGUGAAAGUCAUGGAGAGGGCAACGGCAAUCAAACUGUUUUCAAAGAAGGAGCAAGUCAACCAAACAUAAAAGAAAUUCUCAUUCAUCCCAACGAAGUUUUGCAAGUCCUGCGAACUUUUGCUGAAGAUCACAGAGAGCCACACAAAGAUGCAAGGAGAACAAGCUUCAGGCUUGGUGUUGGACCAACACGUGAUGACAGUCAAGAUGAAGAUUACUGGAGGAUGUUUCCAGCAGUAAUUGGUGAAAAGAAGGAGCGAUUAUGGGAUGCAUUGAUUCAAGGGUUUGAGAAAUACAAUGAAACAUUAACUGAAAGGGCAAAGUUGAUUCAAACGACUACUGGUUUGAGACAGCAAAACUCUGAGUUGCGCAUGUUACUACACCAGUACAUAAACUCUAGGAUAAACCAGGAGCUGGAGAUCCCACCUACAAAAGUUUUACAGAUAGAUGGAAAAUGAGCCUAAAUACAAAAGACACUACUCAGGACACUGUAUAUGUGAAUAUUUUGUACAAUAAAAUGCUACAAGUAAGAAAAAUGCAAAUCAUGCAACCAAAAUGGUCUUUGAAUGCUCAUUAAAUGCACACUUUGCCAGCUCUCUUUUGUUCCUCAGUAAGCAAUUUAUCCAAAGAAUGUUUAUAAAAUAAGCUUCUCAAAAAUUCACUUUAUAUCUUUAAACUUUUGAAGCUGCUAGCAAAGUUUUAGAGAAUAUUUAUGUUAAAUUUUUAUAGCAAAAAAAGAAUUUUUGACUUUGAAUUAUUAAUACACCCCCCUCUAAUAAGCCCCUUUUCUUUAAAGCACCCCUCUUUGACUGAAAAAAUUAAGAAGCCCCCCUUAGGCUUAAUAGAGCUUGUACGGUAUGUUAUUUUUACAUAAAGAUACCCUUGAAGCUUUGCUUUGGAAACAUAACUUUCUAUCACAGUUGAAAUAAUGCCUAGUUUCAAUGAUGUUACACCAUGAAGGGUUUUCCUUCAUUGCUUUUAAAAAGUUCUGGCCAGGACUUAUAGUAUUGUUCUUUAAUGAACUUAAACUUUGACUGUCAGUUAGCUCUGGUAUGCCUUUGGUGUGAGUAGAAGCGAAUCUGCAUCUAGAAAAGAAGAAUUUAUUGUAUUUGGAUAGAUAAGGCAGACAAUUUACAGCAAAAGAUUUAUUUUGAAAAAAACAAUUAGCAUGGAAA